AUGGAUUCAGCAAAUGCUGAAAAACGAACGGCCCGGCUGACCAAAGUGCUGCAUACAUUCAUCCGAGGAACCCGACCAAUUUCGACGCCGCACGAUGCCAAACUCUUUUUCGAAGCCGUUUGCGGUCAGCCCAAGCCGGUGGUCUGUCUGGAGACGAUCCUUGGUCAGUCCAAGGGUCUCGAUACGGUGCACAAGAGCGUGAGGGCCAGUUCUAGCGCGCAGUUCAUCACAGGUCAGGUGCUUCCUUUUCUCGCGUAUAUGGCACACCCGGACAUCAAGGCGAUGUACGAGGGUCAACUUCUCGACAAGAUCAUCGUGGCCGUCGUCGAUCCACCGAUGACAUGGAAGGCCAUUGCUCAGCUCUGGGCCGACACCGGCUUUGUCGACAAGGAGGACAAUGCAGUGACGUUUGCGUGGCUGUGCCUCGAGAUCGUCAGCCAUGCCGGCACACAGUUGGCACUAACCGUGGUGGACAUCAAGGAUGCCCUUGCACAACGGUCGCUAGUCAAGCACGCCAGCAGCAAGGCGCGGAGCAUCGGGUACCGCGUGCAGAAGGCGCUGCAGAUCCGGUUCUCGGACCGGACGGUCGAUCCGGAGUCGAUGGUGACGGCUGGCGGACGUCACGACAAUGACUUUGGUGACUUUCGCGACAUCUCCAUCUACCCGACGACGGAUGAGUUCUCGUCGACGCAGCGGCCGUUUUACCGACGAGCGGCCGAGAUCGCGCGCCUGGACGCGAACACGCGGGUAGGCGGCCAUCUGGACAACCAAUUCCGGCUCCUGCGCGAGGACAUGUUGGGCGGACUCCGGGACGACAUCCGCAUCGCGAUCGGCAAGACCAAGGGUCGGCGGCCUGCGCAGAUUCUGGACGGUCUCGAGCUCAGCAGCAUCGACACGGGAGACGUGCAGCGGGCCCGCAUCUGUGCCGUGGACGUGCUCAUCCACGGGAAUGGGCUGAACAUGCUGCGCAAGAUGUCGCCGAAGAAGCGCAAGGAGCAUCUGAGAAACACGCCCAGGCUGCUGCGAAACCAGGCGUUUGGGGCGCUCUGCUCGCAGGACGAGAUCGUGGCGUUUGCUUUUAUCGUCCGCGACGUCGACAAGCUUUCGAUGGAUCCGCCGUUGGUCGGACUGCAGUUCUCGACCAGCCAGAUGCUGAUGACGGCACUGUCAGCAUUCCACAGCGGCAGGGAGCUGCGCUUCGUGCUGGUCGACACGCCCGUGUUUGCCUACGAGCCAAUCCUGGACCGGCUCAAGAAGAUCGUCCAACUGCCUCUCGAGACGGAGCUGCUGCAGCUGCAAGGUGGCGACAACGACGACGACGAGGCCGCCUUUUUCGAGGACCUGGAAGACGCCUUUGCGCCUUCCUACCAUCUUUCAAGCUUUCUCGAGAGCUGCCACGCGAACUCGGACCGCGGUAUGACGAUCCGUGUCGAUAAAAAAGACUACAAUCUCGAUGCUGCACAGCUCAACGCGCUUGCAUAUGCUUUGGAGAAGCCACUCUCUGUCAUUCAAGGACCACCUGGAAAGUCCUACAUAGGAGCACUGGCAGCGAAGAAGCUGCUCGAAGAUCCGUCAACGCGACUGCUCGUGCUCGCAUACACCAACCACGCGCUCGACCAGUUCCUGGAAGAUCUCAUAAACAUCGGAGUCUCACCUGGCAUCAUGACACGGCUGGGCUCCAAGUCGACGUCCACAACGUCCCAUUUAUUGUUCAACAACGGCGUCCGUUCGAGCGACAGCUGGCGUACCAAAGAAGCACAAAGCAGGCUGUACAAGCUGAGAACGGAGCUCAACGAUGUCCGACCUGGACUAGAGAAAUUGUUUGCGAUUGCGAAAACACGGCCGUCGCAUGAUGCGAUACUAAACUACCUCGAAUUCGCCGAAGACGCCAGAUCCCAAGCGUUCUGGGUGGCCUUUCAGGUGGAAGACGAAGACGAAGACGAAGACGAAGACGAAGACGAAGACGAAGUCGGAAACAAAGACGAAGACAUAUACGGUAAAUUCCAGGUAGUAACAAAGACGAAGAAGCCGUUCUCGGCCGUGACUAUUCUAAAAAAAUGGACGAGACAGAAGACUCCAGGCCCCCUAGCAAAGCAUAUGAGGCUCGACAGCGAAUGGAUCUGGGAGAUUCCGAUGCAGCAGAGAAAGCAGAAAAUGGUUGAAUGGGCUGAGGCUGUGCGCGCAGAGAGACGGGAAGAGCUGUGCGACCGGAUCGAUAUGUUCAACGAGAUGCAGACGGAGGUCGAGACGCUGCACAACCAGGCGCGAUGUGCGUACAUCCAGACGAUGCGGGUGAUUGGCUGCACGACGACGGCAGCGGCCAUGUACGCGGCGCUGUUGACGGCGGCGAUGCCGACGUGCGUGCUUGUCGAGGAGGCCGGCGAGAUCCUGGAGUCACACGUGCUGACAGCUCUAUCGGGCACAACGCGACAGCUGAUCUUGAUCGGUGACCACAAGCAGCUGCGGCCCAAGUGCAAGAACUACGGCUUGAGCGUGGAGCAGGGUGGCGGCUUCGACCUGAACCGGUCGCUGUUUGAGCGGCUGAUCCUGCAAAAGCACCCACAUGCGACGCUCUGCACGCAGCACCGCAUGGCUCCAGAAAUCUCGCGAUUGGUGCGCUCGAUGACGUAUCCGGAGCUGCAGGACGGCGCCGGAACAGCUGGCCGGCCAGCCAUCCGGGGCCUCCGCAGACGGGUGGCCUUUGUCAACCAUGACCACGCCGAGGAGGUUGAUGCCGGGCUUCAGGACCGCAACGAUGGCGGCCAGCCGACCAGCCGGCAGAACCGGUUCGAGGCCCUCAUGGUACUCAAGCUGGUCAAGUACCUCGGCCAGCAGGGCUACAAGACCGACGACAUGGUCGUUUUGACGCCGUAUCUCGGCCAGCUGCGGCUGCUGCUGGAGAUCCUAUCGACGGAGAACGACCCGAUGCUCAGCGAUCUGGACUCGUAUGAGCUGAUCCAGGCCGGCCAGCUAACCGAUACGGCCAGCCGCCUGGACCGGAAGAAGAUCCGCAUCUCCACUAUCGACAACUACCAGGGUGAAGAAGCCGACAUUGUGAUCGUGUCGCUGACGCGCAGCAACAGCAAGGGCGAGAUCGGCUUCAUGAAGGCACCCGAGCGGCUCAACGUGGUUGUGUCGCGGGCCCGCAACUGUCUGGUCAUGUUUGGCAACAUGGACACGUUUAUGAACUCGCCACAGGGAGAGCCUGUCUGGCGGCCUUUCUUCCAGCUGCUCAAGGACGGCGACCAGCUGCGAGACGGCCUCGAGGUGCACUGCGAGCAGCACCCAGAGAACAAGGCGCUCCUGGCGGAGCCGCAGGACUUUGAACUGCGCUGUCCUGACGGUGGCUGUACCGAGCCCUGUGACGGUAUGCUGAAGUGCGGGAUGCACAAGUGCCAUAGGCGCUGCCAUCGGCUGGCGGAACACAGCAAGAUCACGUGCACACAGCGGAUAGACAAGACGUGCGAGAAUCAGCACACGUACCAGGUGUUGUGCAGCGAGGACAAGCAGCGGUGUAAGCAGUGUGAGCGCGACGAGAACGACAUGCGGCGUCGCGUGAAGCGGGAUCUCGACAUCGAAAAGGCGCGUCUGGACCAGCAGAAGAAGUACCAGGCCGAGCUGCAGAGCAUCCAGGACGAGAUCGACCACCACAAGCGUCUGCUGCGGAUCGAGCAGGAGCAGAAGCAGCAGGUGGCUGAUCUGGACAAGAACAAGGCUGAGCUAGACUCGCUAGUGAAGGCGAAACAGAGACGAGAAGCUGACGAGAAGAAAAAGAAGAAGGACAAGGCAGCAGCAGAAGCAGCAGCAGCAAAGCCGAAGACGGCUACGGCCAAGAAAGAGAGCGAGCCAGCCAAGCCUGGAAGUGCCCAAGAGGAGUGGGAGUACCUGAAGAGGGAGGAGCUGGCAUGCAGUGACACGCUGGAUUCGCUGAUGAGCCUGAUCGGACUCGAGGACGUCAAGCGCCAGUUUCUCGGCAUCAAGCAGACCGUCGACACGGCCAGGCUCCAGGGCAUCUCGACCGCGUCUGAGCGCUUCGGCUGCAGCAUGCUCGGCAAUCCGGGCACCGGCAAGACGACCGUGGCCCGGCUGUAUGCCCAGAUGCUAACGUCCAUGGGCAUCGUGGCCGGCACCUGCUUCCGGGAGACGACCGGGUCCAAGAUGGCCAGCAUCGGCGUCCCGGGCUGCCAGAAACUGCUCGACGACGUGCUGGAGCAGGGCGGCGGCGUCAUCUUCGUCGACGAGGCCUACCAGCUGUCGUCGGGCGCCAAUGCGGGCGGUGCGGCCGUGCUGGACUUUCUCCUGGCCGAGGUCGAGAACCUGAAUGGCAAGAUCUGCUUCGUCCUGGCCGGCUACGCCAAGCAGAUGGAGUCCUUCUUCGCCCACAAUCCCGGCUUCCCCAGCCGGUUCCCCCGCGAGAUGAAGUUUGACGAUUACAGCGACGUGGAGCUCCUGCGCAUCUUGGAGAUGCAGGCCGACAAAAAAUACGGUGGGCGAAUGAAGGCCGAAGACGGCCUGCGUGGGCUCUACUGUCGCAUUGCUAUGCGCCGGCUUGGCUCCGGCCGUGGUCGUGAAGGCUUCGGCAAUGCCAGGGCCGUCGAAAACGUUCUCGCCCGCAUCGGCCGCCGACAGAGCGCCCGGCUUCAUCAAGAACGUCGUGCUGGCUGCAAGCCGGAUUACAUGAUGCUGACUAAGCAAGACAUCAUCGGCCCCGAGCCGGCCGGUGCCCUUAGCACGUCGGCCGCCUGGACCAAGCUGCAGAGCCUCGAGGGGCUGCGCUUGGUCAAGGAGUCGGUCCAGACGCUGGUCGACAGCAUCCAGACCAACUACCAGCGCGAGCUGAAGGAAGAGCCGGUGCUCGAGUAUAGCCUAAACCGCGUCUUCCUCGGGAAUCCCGGCACCGGCAAGACGACCGUGGCCAAGCUGUACGGACAGAUUCUCGUCGACCUCGGGCUUCUGUCCAACGGCGAGGUCGUGGUCAAGAACCCGUCUGACUUUGUGGGCGCUUACAUUGGGCACUCGGAGAAGCAGACAAAGGGCAUCCUGGCAGCAACAGCCGGAAAGGUGCUCGUCAUCGACGAAGCGUACGGGCUCCACGACGGCGGUGGUGGUGCUGGUGGCGGUGGAGGCGGCUCCUCGGGUGGAUUCAAAACGGCCGUCGUCGACACGAUCGUGGCCGAGGUGCAGAACACGCCUGGCGAAGACCGGUGUGUCUUGCUGCUGGGCUACAAAGACCAAAUGGAGGAGAUGUUUCAGAAUGUCAAUCCAGGACUCAGCCGGCGCUUCCCGCUGAGCUCGGCCUUUGUCUUUGAAGACUUCAACCAGGAUGAGCUGGGCCGUAUCCUCGACCUCAAAGCCAAGGGCCAGGGCUUCAGUCUGGCCGCUCGUGGACGCCAGGUUGCCCUCGAAAUUCUCGAUCGGGCACGCAACCGGCCCAAUUUUGGCAACGCCGGCGAGGUCGACAUCCUGCUCAACGAUGCCAAGAUGCGCCACCAGAAGCACCUCUCGGCCGGUCGGACGCAGCAGCGGACAACUUUGGACGCCGCCGCCUUUGACGAGGAUCACGACCGGACGACACGCUCCGAGACCGACGUGGCCGCGCUCUUCCAUGGAACCGUCGGCUGCGACCAGAUCGUGGCCACACUGCGCGGGUACCAGCAGACGGCCCGGUCGAUGAAGGAGUUUGGACUCGACCCCAAGGAGGUCGUCCCAUUCACCUUCCUGUUCCGCGGGCCUCCUGGCACUGGAAAGACAACGACGGCCCGCCGUAUGGGCAAGGUCUUUUACGACAUGGGAUUCCUGGCCAAUGCCAGCGUCCUUGACACGUCAGCCUCGGACUUGAUCGGCCAGUACGUCGGCCAGACCGGCCCCAAGGUUCGCCAGCUGCUCGACAAGGCUCUCGGCCGCGUCCUGCUCAUCGACGAGGCUUAUCGCCUGGCCGAGGGCCACUUUGCCAAGGAAGCCCUCGACGAGCUUGUCGAUGCUGUCACCAAGGAGCGCUACCAUAAGCGCCUGAUCAUCAUCCUGGCCGGCUACGAGGACGACAUCAACCGCCUGCUGACCGUCAAUCCGGGCCUCAGCAGCCGCUUUCCCGAGGUCGUCGAGUUCAAACCGCUACAGCCCCACGACUGCUUCUCUCUGCUACAGACGACGCUGGCAAAGCAGCAGGCGAAACUGGCGAAGCAGAAGAAGAACGCCCAGGGCGCUCAUCGAAACGCCAGUAUGGACAUGACCUGCCUCACCGACCCGGCCGCCCUGUUCAAGGCUGCUGUCAUCACCCUGUUUGGCCAGCUGUCCGCCCUGACUAGUUGGGCCAACGCCCGCGACGUCGAGACGCUGUCUCGGUCCGUCUUCCAGUCCGCGCUCAAGGCCAGCUCGGAGUCGUCUAGCACGUCCAUUGUCUUGUCCGAGGAAACCGUGCUCGCCGAAAUAGAGACCAUGCUGCGCGAGCGGAGCAGUCGAGAGAAGCUGCAAACCGUGUUCCAGAAGCCCUCCCUGCCGAUUUCGGACCUGCCCAUACAGCCACCACAGGCACCCCCUGCAUCACAUUCUGCUUCCGCCUCUACGUCUGCUGCUGCUGCUCCUCCAUCUCCUCCGCCACCCCCUGCCGCAGAAGAAAAGCCCGAGGAACAAGCGUCUGGGCCAACCAGAGAUGCCGGGGUCAGUGACGAGGUCUGGAACCAGCUGCAGAGAGACGCUGCAGCCGAGCGUGAGCGCGAGCAGGAGUACUUGGCAAAGCUCAAGGAAAAGGACCAGCUGGAUGAUGCGCUAAGAAGUGCGCUGGAAACGCGCAUCAUAGACGAACUGUUAGACGAGGACCUACAGAAGAGAUUAGCAGAGGAGGAGCGGAGGAAAAAGAAAGCGGAGGAGGACGAGAAGCUGCGACAACGCAUCGUCCAGGAGCUGCUGGAAAUGGAAAAGAAGAGAGAGGAAGAGAAAAAACUCAGGGCCAAGUUGUCCAGGAUCGGGCGCUGUCCGAUGAAUUAUGCAUGGAUACCGCAGGCGGGCGGCUGGCGUUGUGCCGGAGGGAGUCAUUUUGUCACCGACCAACAGCUGCUUUAA